UAGUAAAGUGAUUGGUCUCCUGCGGUCGCUUUACACCCGGCUAGUAGAAAACUCGAAUGAGUCUCCAUUGUUGAUGAUUCGACAGCGGCCUGACUGACAACUCGUUGCUCAUUUAGCUACUGCCGUCGCCCCCUGUCACCUCGGUGACCCGGUGUUGUGCUGACUUCCCUAGGCGCAUUGGUCAACUGCCCAGGUCACGGUGAGCUGAAGUUCGUUCCCGAGGACGAAUUUGGCGGCGGUUAGCCACUCCGGACUGCUGUCACCUUCGGCUGUUGGAGCGGGCUGAUAGCAUCAAAAUCAGUGCAGUGGGCCACUCGCGGUAGCUACGCCGGCAAGAGGUUCAUUCUGCAAUCGCGCCUGAAUCUAGCACGUAGUUCAAUACGAACAGUGUGCUUACUCUUGUAUACAAAAACUGGCAAUCGCCGCGGUUCAAGGACCUCUAGAGUGGCAAUGAGUUCGUCGAAUGAGAAACCCGUCUCUAUCGAUGGCAGCACUCUCGAAGGGGGUGGCCAACUUGUUCGUGUAGCAGUCGCCCUUGCAGGAAUUCUGGGAAAACCGGUCAAUAUUUUUAACAUACGGAAGGGACGAAGUCGCGAUGGAUUAAAGCGUCAACACAUGAAAGGACUAGACUUGGUGACCAGGGUCACGCAGGGAGUAACCGAAGGCUGCAAAGAAAGCUCCCGAGAAAUAACAUUCUAUCCUGGAAAGAUUUUGGGCGGACGCUCAAUGAUUGCCGACGCAGAAACUGCAGGAAGCGUUGCGUUAAUGCUUCAGGUGGCGCUUCCAGUGUUGUUGUUCGCUCCGGAACGAACGCCCACCCGCCUCACCUUGAAAGGAGGCACAAAUUGUGACAUGGCUCCUCAAAUCGACUACAUCGAGAUGGUUCUUCGGCCGUGGCUGAAAAAUUUCGGUGUACAUUUCGUUCUCGACAUCAAACGACGGGGCUAUUACCCCAACGGAGGGGGCGAGGUUGAAGUUGUCAUAUCCCCUUUAUCGGAACCAAUUCAGGCUGUCGAUAUGACGAGACCCGGAGAUGUUAUUCAGAUGACUGGGUACUCAUUCGCUGCUGGAGGACUUCCGCUAAACGUGGCGCAAGUAAUAGCUGCAGGCGCAUCGGCCAACGUGAAAGCUGAUUACCCCUGCGAGGUGAACAUUCGCCGGGUUAAAGAGCCGCCUGAAGUGUGCGUUGGAUCAGCUGCGGGAAUCGUACUUGCUGUACAAUUUACGGAGGGCUGCGUUCUUGGUGCUGAUGCGCUACUUCAAAAAAAUUCUCGAGCUGAACUAUUGGGAGUCAAAUGUGGAAAAAACCUAGUGAAAGUCAUGGAUCGAAAAGUGACAGUUGACGAGUACAUGCAGGACCAACUCGUCAUCUUCAUGGCUUUGGCCAAGGGCAAAUCGCGUAUUCGGUGUCACCGUCUGAGCGAGCAUGCUGAGACGGCAAUCUACAUUUGCGAAAAACUAACCAACGCGAAGUUUCGUAUAAGCGAAAGGGACUCGGGUACGACGAUCAUCGAGUGCACCGGUAUCGGCUGGGCCCCGCCCCAUCUUUCACAUAGUUUAGAAGCAGGUGACAACGGCGGGGUUAGUGACAGAGUGAAUGCACAAGACGGAUAGUUUGCUAACUGGAACAGGAGCUUUUAAGAAGCGAAGACAACAUUCAAAGGCUAAAUAUGAUCUAAGGCCAACGUUCAGCCCACUAUUAAAAAAAAAAGUGGCUGCACCAAGGGGUAGUUAGCAACUACCGACAGUACGCGACCUGAUAAGAGUGCAGGCCCUAAUCGAAGAAGUGCACUUUUUUCCUGAACCCUGUUGUUAAGACUUUUUGGCACGAGGGCGUGCACACAAGACACAGUACGAAUAGCGUGACGAAGCCAGAAAUGAAUUGAAAUGUGUUAGGUAUAAUGUAGCUGCGAUUAAUUCGCUCAUCUUUGUUCGUUAUAGAUCAAAGCUGUUAUCUGCUACUUCCCUUUUUUUCUCUUACGACAUUUAACGGCCUAUUAGUUUGCUUCAAACUUGAAAUUCUGAAAGCUUUCAUUAUUCAACGCUUUUUUUCAUUUUUCGCUGAACACUUGUUAAAGUGAAAACUGUUUUGUGAACCAUAACAGUUUAGAGAGAUAAUCGUACCUAUACCAUUUUUGUUUUACUUAAUAUUUCGCAAUUCGUGUUGAUGGUACACUAGAAAUGUUUAUCAGCACUUGGAAAUUGGCUACGGCCCGUGUAUCGAUGCGACAUGUAAGGUGCAUAAGCAUUUUCAACAUUAUAUAUAUAUAUAAGAUUGUAAAUUAAGCUAAACAAUUGUGUUUUGAUUGAACGCCGCCGACCGAAACAACCAGGAGUUUGGUGUGUGCACAACGAUAAUGCUAAAAAACUAAGGUUCUAUUAAUCGUGGUAAGCAGGUCGACACUUAGGUGGGAACAGAUGGAUUGAUGUAUAAACGUGCGCUGUAAACGAACAUCUAAAACCAUUUAUUAUAUCACAAAUAUAUUACAAG